CGUUGCACACACAAUGACACACACUCUCAAGCAGCGGAAUAUUUGUAGGACUGAGUUCCUUUCGGAGCAAAGAGUGGAGAGAAGAAAGGAAGAAAGGGGGGAAAGGACCAUUCUACGGAGCUACAUUCAUCAUGAAGAGAAACAAUUCAACAUCUAGAGGAUAUUGAAGAAAUUGGAAUUCAAAGGUGCAGUAAGGAAACCAGUCUUAUAGGAAGAAGAAAUGCUCCGAUGGUGCUGAUCUGGCUGAACUCUUCAGCUCACUCACAGUUCAGAAAAGGAAAGUGUCCAACAUGGAGAAAAAAACCUAUACAUGUACUGAAUGUGGAAAGAACUUUGGCCAGCAGAGACCUUUGCGGUUACAUGAAAGAACUCACACUGGUGAGAAACCCUACACAUGUCAGGAAUGUGGAAAGAGCUUCACUCACAGUCAAAGUCUACUUUCACAUCAAAGAACUCACACUGGGGAGAAACCCUUCAAAUGCCUAGAUUGUGGAAAGAGCUUUGCUCUCCGUGGAAGUUUACGUAUUCAUUAUAGAACCCACACUGGGGAGAAACCCCACGAAUGUCUGGAGUGUGGAAAGAGAUUCACAGAGAAUAGAGCAUUAAAGAGACAUCAGAGGAUCCACACUGGUGAGAAACCCUAUAAAUGCCUGGAGUGUGGAAAGAGCUUUGCUCAUAGUGGAACACUACGUUCACAUCAGAGAACUCACACUGGGGAGAAACCCUAUGAAUGUCUGGAGUGUGGAAAGAGAUUCACACAGAAUGGACCAUUACGGAAACAUCAGAGUAUCCACACUGCGGAGAAACGCCACAAAUGUCUGGAGUGUGGAAAGAGUUUUACUCAGAGUGGAAAACUACAGUCCCAUCAGAGAACUCACACUGGAGAGAAACCCUUUAAAUGCCUAAAUUGUGGAAAGAGCUUUGCUGCCCAUACAAGUCUGCGUAUUCAUCAUAGAACCCACACUGGUGAGAAACCCUAUGAAUGUCUAGAGUGUGGAAAGAGCUUUAUUAACACUGGAAAUCUAAAUAAGCAUAAAAGAACUCACACAGGCGAGAAAACCUUUAAAUGCCAAGAGUGUGGAAAGAAUUUUGCACGUAGUGGAAAACUACUUUCACAUCAAAGAGCUCACACUGGGGAGAAACCCUUUAAAUGCCUCAAUUGUGGAAAGAGCUUUGCUGCCCAUACAAGUCUGCGUAUUCAUCAUAGAACCCACACUGGUGAGAAACCCUAUGAAUGUCCGGAGUGUGGAAAGAGAUUCACAGAGAAUAGAGCAUUAAAGAGACAUCAGAGGAUCCACACGGGUGAGAAACCCUAUAAAUGCCUGGAGUGUGGAAAGAGUUUUACUUGGAGUGGAGAACUACAUUCACAUCAGAGAACUCACACUGGGGAGAAACCCUAUGAAUGUCUGGAGUGUGGAAAGAGAUUCACACAGAAUGGACCAUUACGGAAACAUCAGAGUAUCCACACUGCGGAGAAACAUCACAAAUGUCUGGAGUGUGGAAAGAGUUUUACUCAGAGUGGAGAACUACAUUCCCAUCAGAGAACUCACACUGGAGAGAAACCCUUUAAAUGCCUCAAUUGUGGAAAGAGCUUUGCUCUCCGUGGAAGUUUACGUAUUCAUCAUAGAACCCACACUGGGGAGAAACCCUAUGAAUGUCCAGAGUGUGGAAAGAAUUUUACUUGGAGUGGAGAUCUACGUUCACAUCAGAGAACCCACACUGGGGAGAAACCCUAUGAAUGUCCAGAGUGUGGAAAGGAUUUUGCACGUAAUGAAAACCUACAUUCACAUCGAAGAACUCACACUGGAGAGAAACCCUUUACAUGCCGGGAGUGUGGAAAGAGCUUCACUCAGAGUGAAAGUCUACACAGGCAUUAUAGAAUCCACACUGGGGAGAAACCGUAUACAUGCCUAGAGUGUGGAAAGAGUUUUACUUGGAGUGGAGAUCUACGUUCACAUCAGAGAACCCACACUGGGGAGAAACCCUAUAAAUGCCUAGAGUGUGGAAAGUGUUUUACUCAGCAUGGGGGACUCCGUUCACAUCAGAGAACUCACACUGGGGAGAAAUCCUAUAAAUACCUGGAGUGUGGAAAGAGCUUCACUCACAGUCAAAGUCUACAUUCACAUCAAAGAGUUCACACUGGGGAGAAACCCUUCAAAUGCCUAAAUUGUGGAAAGAGCUUUGCUCUCCGUGGAAGUUUACGUAUUCAUCAUAGAACCCACACUGGGGAGAAACCCUAUAAAUGUCCAGUGUGCGGAAAGAAUUUUGUACGUAGUGGAAAAUUACAUUCACAUCGAAGAACUCACACUGGGGACAAACCCUUUACAUGCCAGGAGUGUGGAAAGUGUUUUACUCGGAGUGAAUAUCUACGUUCACAUCAGAGAACCCACACUGGGGAGAAACCCUAUAAAUGCCAGGAGUGUGGAAAGAGUUUUACUCGGAGUGAAUAUCUACGUUCACAUCAGAGAACCCACACUGGGGAGAAACCCUAUUAAUCUCCAGGAGUGUGGAAAGAGUUUUACUCGGAGUGGAUAUCUACGUUCACACCAGAGAACCCACAUAGGGGAGAAAUCCUACCCAUGCCUGAAAUGUGGAAAGAGCUUCACUCACAGUUCAAAUCUACGUAUACACCAAAGAGUUCACACUGGGGAGAAAGUAUAAAUGUCUAAUAUGUGGAAAGAGCUUUCCUGAAAGUGGAGAAGCAUAUCGACAUAAUAGAACCCAUAUUGGGAAGAAAGUCUACACAGGCAGUCUCCAAGUUAUGAACAAGAUAGGAUUAUGUAGUGUCGAAGGCUUUCAUGGUCAGCAUCACAGGUUGUUGUGUGUUUUCCGGGAUGUAUGGCCAUGUUCUAGAAGUAUUCCCUCCUGACGUUUUGCCCACAUCUAUGGUAGGCAUCCUCAGAGGUUGUGAGGUUGUAUGGCAGGCAACCUCUGAGGAUGCCUACCAUAGAUGUGGGUGAAGCGUCAGGAGAGAAUGCUUCUGGAACAUGGCCAUACAUUCCGGAAAACACACAACAACCCGGGAUUAUGUAGGCUUGUGAUUAAGUUGAAUUUUAAGUGUAACCCCAUCCAAAUGUUAUGUGUGUAUGUAGAUAAAUAGAUGGGUUUUGCAUAGAACAAGGAAGGGUUAACAUGCCUGUGGUGUUAGUUUUGCUGUUGUGCCCCUAUUCAGAAAAUUUCACCUCACUUUCUCUCCCGGUGAUAAUUGGAUUUUGAAAAAAAAUUGCUUGUUGUGGAAACUAGAAUUGGAGAUAAAUCUUGAGUAGGGAUCCCUUUUCCUUAUGUUAACCCUUUCAGGAGUGAGUUUUUCUUCCUAGGGAUAAGUUUCCCUCACUUCCUGUUGUCCCAACCCUGUUCUUAACUAUGGAUCACUUGUAAGCUGGAUGUUUGUAACUUGGGGAUGGCCUGUGCAUGCUUGGAUUAUGGAGAGAGCUUUUCUCAGAGUCCGCAUCUACAUUCAUCAUAGAUCCAAGGAACAGAGUCUUUAGGCGGUUGAUUACAGCAUCGGGACACCAGCAAGAAACAGCCAGCAGUUGAGAAAUCCCGACUGCUUCUAACAAUCGGAGGAGUCUUUGCCUGGACCUCACAGUCUUCUCUGGGUAGUUAGUGGCCCAAUGGAUUCCCAAGGCUUAGCGAGUCCAUGCAGAUAGUAACUGUAUUCCCUUUUGACCGCAUAAGCGCUGAAAAGAGUGCGAUCUGCUUGGCCUUCUGAGGAGAUGCGCUGGCUGGCAGGGCUACUCCUUCAGUUGGGGUCAACACGUUCGAUGGUGGCGAUGCAGUUGGGUCUCUUCACACCUCUGGCCAGUGCAGUCCCAAAGAAUCCUUGAAGUUAGUACUUGCCAAGAGUAGGGAACAGUAAUGAAAGUGUCCAAGACAGAGAAGUGGGUCUGGGAGGGAGGAAUGGUGGGACAACAGUUAGGGACAACAGGAGAAAGAAGAAGAAA